CGUUUCGCGUACACGCUAUACGUCGAAAAUGUUAAGUCCCUUUAGAUUCUUGGUGGCUUACGUGCCUAAGUUACAUGGAUUGGCACAAGUAAGGUACGCAUCGCAAGUAUUGCCACAACUGUCAGCUGAAAAAUACAAUGUUAAAAGGAAAAAUUAUGCAAAUGUUCAUAAUUCAGAUAUAAAUUACUUCAAAUCAAUACUUGGUGAAGAGAGAGUGUUGACUGAUAAAGAUGAAGUUAUGCCUUUUAACACCGACUGGCUAAGAAGUUGCCGAGGGCAAUCACAAGUAGUGCUGAAGCCAAAAUCUACUGAAGAAGUGUCUCAGAUUCUGUCUUAUUGCAAUAAGAAGUGUUUAGCGGUUUGCCCUCAAGGCGGCAACACCGGUUUGGUCGGUGGUUCAGUGCCUGUGUACGACGAAAUCGUCAUUAACUUGAUGCUGAUGAACAAAAUUAUUAGCUUAGAUGAAAUAUCAGGAGCACUGGUCUGUGAGUCCGGUUGCGUGUUGGAAAACUUGGACACUUAUGUUCGCGAACAUAACCUGAUCAUGCCGUUAGACCUGGGUGCCAAGGGGUCCUGCCAAAUCGGGGGCAACAUUAGUACAAACGCUGGGGGACUGCGACUGCUGCGUUAUGGAAACCUCCACGGUUCAGUGCUGGGGCUGGAAGCUGUGAAAGCAGACGGUACAGUGAUAGAUUGCCUCAGAUCAUUGAAGAAGGACAACACUGGCUACCACUUAAAGCACUUGUUCAUAGGCUCUGAAGGAACGCUUGGAGUCGUGACCAAAGUUGCUAUCCACUGCCCUGUGUUGCCCAAAGCAGUUACGCUUGGCUUCUUCGGCGUAAAGAGUUUUGAAAACAUCCUAGAAUUGUAUAACAGUGCGAAAUCGUCGCUGGGCGAGAUUUUGUCCGCCUUCGAAAUGGCAGACAAUACAGCCAUUACUCACACGGUGAAAAAUCUAAACCUGACAAACCCGAUAGCAGAUUAUCCGUUCUACGUGUUAGUAGAGACGCAUGGUAGUAAUGAAGUACACGAUGGUGAAAAGUUGAGUAGUUUCUUGGAGAAAGAGAUGCAAAGUGGACUCAUAUUGGAUGGAACAGUCACAUCGGAGCCUGCCAAAAUGCAUUCUAUUUGGAAUAUAAGGGAGAGUAUUGCGGCAUCUUUUCUAGUCGAAGGAUAUGUGUUCAAAUACGACGUAUCUCUACCACAAAAACACUAUUAUGAAAUAGUUCCUAAGCUGAAACAGCGAUUAGGGGACAAAGCGUCUUCUGUUAUAGGUUACGGUCAUGUAGGUGAUGGAAACAUUCACAUAAACGUUACAGUACCACAAUAUAAUAAAGAAGUGUUGUCACUAUUGGAGCCGUUUAUAUUCGAAGAAGUUUCGAAAGUUAAGGGUUCCGUCAGCGCCGAGCACGGCAUAGGGUUCCGUAAGCCACAAUUCAUCCACUUCAGCAAGGACUCCACUACGUUGGACUUAAUGAGGGACCUCAAACAACUGAUGGAUCCCAAUGGAAUUCUUAACCCAUACAAAGUAUUACCAGAUACCAAUUAGACUUCAGGCGAAAUAUUCUCGAAUGAUUGUGAUAAUGUAUGAUGGCACAAAGCAUCUUCUGCGAAUAUUAUUUGAACAUUUUAUACCUAGGUAAAUUAGUGAUACCAAUUUUUGGAUUAAUACGAUUGACACUUCAUUGACGUAUCUAGAAGCGAGCAGAGAAUGAUAUACAGACAGGAGCCCAGGCUGACGAGACAAUCGGAUUGUGACGUAAUUAUCAACUUUAUCAGUAAACGCAUUUCAAAGUCCAUACAUCAUUGGAACUAGCGUAAACUAAAAAAAGUUGACCACCAGGAAGAACCCCUUAAGAUACGCAAAUAGACGUUUUUCUUUUCUUAAUAUCAUCAAAGUUUAAGAGCAAUAAGUUACAUUUCUUAUUUCUAUAUUAAAAGUGCAAUCGUAACAAAUAAAAUUUCAUGUGAACCGUAUGAGAUUAGUGAGAUAAUGCCCGGCGAUCAAGGGCCUGUGGUCCCACGCACCGGUUUGUCUUAUUUUAUUAUUUCGUUUAUAUUAUUUUUAUACAGUAAGAAAAAGUAACUGACAGGCGCAAGAAAAAAUAGAAAAGUACAUAAUACGCUGAAAUAGAGAGUUAAAGUCAAUACUGUGUGUAUUACAAUGGGACACAAUGUAUCACAAUGGGACAGCUUAGAAUUUUAAAUAUUAAGACUGA